GUUGCAUAAUUGUUUACGCGUCCCUUAAGAGAGAGAGAGAGAGAGAGGAGAGGGAGAGAGAGUAUUCCUUUUUUUCUCAAGGUCUAGGGUUUCAGUUCCCAUUUCUUAUGCAUAGAAACAGUCUCUUUUUUCCGAGCCUACUCCAUGGAAUUCUCAACCUAAGAUUGGGUCUUUUCUUCUCUAAGAAUAUUCUUUUCUUUUUCACAUCAGAGCAGAGAAGAGGAAGAAGAAAAUAGAGAGAGAGAGAAGAAAUAAAGCUCGGUCAAGCAUGCUUGAGCUACCAAGAAAGCCCUAAUUAUCUAUUAAUCUUGCUUUAGUGUUAAUAAAUCCGCAUCAGCGAAAAUCAUUUGUGUUAAUUUUCUCUCUCUUUUGCCUCUAGAAUUUUAGACCUUGACCUAUAGACAAAGGGAAAAAAAAAAAAAACUAGAAAGGAAGAUGGAGGGAAGCAGUGGAACCGAGUGCUCAAAAACAAGCCCAUCAAACCAAAAUGAAGAUGAAGAUGGGAGUAACAAUGCGUGUAAAGCGAAAGAAGGAGCAAGUUCAAGCAACAGCACGGUUGAAGAGAGCGAAAAGAAGCUACCGGUGAGGCCUUAUGUUCGAUCCAAGAUGCCAAGACUCCGGUGGACACCUGAUCUCCAUCACCGCUUUGUUCAUGCUGUGGAAAGACUUGGUGGACAAGACAGAGCAACACCAAAAUUGGUUCUUCAAUUGAUGAACAUCAAAGGACUUAACAUCGCUCAUGUCAAGAGUCAUUUACAGAUGUUCAGAAGCAAGAAGAUUGAUGACCCCAGUCAAGUACUAGCAGAUCAUAGGCAUCUUGUGGACGGUGGAGAUCGAAAUAUCUAUAAUUUGAGCCAGCUCCCCAUGUUCCAAGGAUUUACACAAAGGCUUCACUCUAGUUUCAGGCAUGGAGAUGCUUCUUGGAGUGCUCAAGAGAAUUGGAUAGAGAGCCCUUUCAGGGGGCGAAGUACGAUUGAUAACAACAAACCUGGAUUUUAUGGCACAUUUGCUGAGAGAAUCUUUGGAAGCAACUAUGGCAGUUUGGCUAAUCGCAAUCUCCAGACAAGUAUUCCUUUCUUCAAUGAACAAUCAUUUCAUCACUUUAAGUCCUCGCGCGAGCCACCAAGAAUUGAUGAUGUCAAUCUAAAACAAGCUUUUCAUAUCCAAUUGCAAGCAAAAGAUCAAACCAAUCUUUCAAAUAGCCCUAGUAGUUUGAAUUUGAACACAACGAGUCUUCAAGAGCGGGUGGGAGUGAAGAGAAAGGCUUCUGAUGUUGAUCUUGACUUGAAUCUAUCUAUUGGGCUAACUACAAGGAUUGAGGAGAGCCAGAAAGGUCAAGAAGAAGAAAAAGAAGAAGAUGAGAGUGAUCUAUCGUUGUCCUUGUAUUCGAAGAUUAGUAAGUUGAAAGAAGGUGGUGGUAAGAAGGAGAAUAAGACGAGGACAAGUACUCUGGAUCUGACUAUAUGAAUGAGACAAUUCCAAGUGAGAUCUUGAGGCUCACUUGUGAAAGAAGAAUCUGAUACAAAUGGUACUUCGUCAGCAGAGCUUAGCUUUCGGCUCUUUGAUGUUAUCAUGAGCUUCAACCCUAAUAACAUCAGUAUCAUCGGACGGUUCUGAUUCGACUCCGGUGGACUCAUAGGAUCUCCCCAGUGAGCGAAGCUGGUGGUGAUCAGUCACCACUGGUUGAUCGGCAUAGCUCGGUGGUGACUGCCGGCAACAGCCGUAUCUUGUUCAUAUCUUCCGUUGUCACUGUCCAAACCCUACAAAACAAAGCAUACCAUCUCAGUUUGACAUGAAGAAAAAAAAAAAAAAAAAAAAAAAGAAGAAAGAAAAAAAAAAAAAAAAAAAAAAAAAUUAAGAAGAAAGAAAAAGAAAAGAAACCCUAAAAUAUGAAGACAACCAUAUUUCCUCUGCUUGCUCACCUGGGAGAACUAUAUAUAUUAUACAUGUAUGGACAUGUAUACAGUUUUUGAGAUUUAUUAAAA